ACCAAAAUUAUAUCACUCUCUUUUCUCCCUCUCCCUUUCUCUCUGUAGAUUCAGUGAUACAUAUAUACAGAGAGAGAUAUAGUUGGGGUAUAUACUAAAGUAGAGAAUAUUGGUGGGGUUGCAGUCUUUGGGGUGGUGAAGAUGAGCAACAGUGGUAUAGUUGGGGGAUUAGCUAGGGUUUCAAUCCCUUCUGGUAUGCGAAAGACGAUCCAAAACAUCAAAGAGAUCACUGGAAAUCAUGGUGAAGAUGAGAUAUAUGCAAUGCUCAAGGAAUGUUCUAUGGAUCCCAAUGAGACUACUCAGAAGCUUCUUUCACAGGAUACAUUCCAUGAAGUUAAAAGUAAGCGUGAUCGGAGAAAAGAGAAUUCAAUUAAGGAGUCUGCUGAACCAAAGUGGAAAACAGGCAUGCAGGGCAGAGGUAACAAAGGGAUUCGUGGAAAUUUGACUUCUCGUCAUGCUUCACAUGAUGUAGGUGGUGGAAAGAACAGUCAAAACAAUAUUGCCAAUCAAAUUCUUGACAAGAGUGUCGACCUAUCUACUGUGGCUGAUGUUGAGGCUAAGAAUAUUUCAAGCUCAUCAAGUGCUGCAGUAAAUGGGCCUGGCGAUCUAGCUUCGGGGAGCAACAGUAUCGUACAAAAUACUCAUGCACCCCCAAGAAGAGGAGUUAAACAAUUUGAAGCAAAUACAGGCAUGCAGACAACUUCUGCUGAUUCCACCAAAAACCCAAAAUCAGCUACAGGAAACAGGGAUGUUCAUGGUCAGCGGAUGCCAAACACCGACAGUUCUUCAAGAACGCUAUCUUCACCAUCUCCAACAGGAGCUGAUCUCUCAGCUUCAGAUCCCGUGCUCUUGCCAUCUCAGGAUUCACGUCCCGCUGGUGUAGUAGGCACAGUUAGAAGGGAAGUUGGGGCCCAGCAUUCUCCGGUUGAACAUGUUUCUUCUAAAUCUAAUGGGAGCAAAAAGACUGCUGUAGCAGUUUCUACUGCUGGAAGCUCAAAUAGCCAAGUAAAGACGCCAAGCAAAUUUCAGGGGCCUGGAAAGAAUCAACUUCCGGAGUACUCGCAAACUGCUUCUUCAACCCAUAGUGGUUCUUCCGCUAGUAGGCCGUCAUCUAAUUACAACAAUCGGUCACACACAGUUGGUCCACAAAAAGGUCCUUGUAAGGAAUGGAAGCCAAAGCCUGUAAACAAUAAUCUAGCUCAGGGGUCUGCUCUUGCUGCUGCUGCUUCUUCAUCUGGCGUUUCUACGGUUUCUGUUGAAGUCAAUACUAUGUCGCAGCCUCCUGCUUCUGUUCCUGAAACAAAAGAAGUCACUGAGGAUCCGCAGAAGAAGUUAGAGGAAUCACACAUUUCAGAUGUUGAAAAUGUUAUUAUCCCUAAUCACCUACACGUUCCUGAGUCUGAAAAACUUGGGUUCUGUUUUGGAAGCUUUGACUCUGGCUUUAGUUUGGGAACAAGCACAAAUAUUGCUCCUGAGCAUGAUGGAAGUCCACCACUUUCUGAAUCUUCUGAGAGCAUUGAAGAAGCUGCAAGUGCACAACUUCCAAGUAAUCAAAAUGCAUCAGCUGCUGCAGAGGAAACAGAUUAUCCUGAUCAGCCUCCAUCUUCACAUGGACAGGAGAGUUUGCCUGCAGAAGGAGAUGGUGAUAUCUCAUCCUCUGCUCCAGAGUGCAGUGAACCGAAGCAAGAGACUCUGCCAGCGGGCCAACAAUAUUCAAUUGUUCAUACAUCCCCCAACUAUAAUUUUGGAUUUGCGCCACCAAUGUUGAGCAAUCAGCUCCCACCCUUUGAAAACUCUGAAUCUCAACCUCGAGAUGUUUCUCGUCUUCCAAAUUUUCUUGUUCAUCAUCCCAUUGACCCAAGCUACUAUCCCCACUUCUACCGUUCAAAUGCUGAUAGUGAUGGCCGCAUUUCACCAUUUCAUUCAGCAGGUGUUUCUACCCAGUACAAUGUUGCAGUUGUGCCUCCACACACUUCUCAAUCUCCUCAAGAGGGUGGGAAUAGUCCUGCUUUAUCUGCAGCAGCUCCAACACCACUUGUGACUCAAGCUGCUGGGCUUAUGCAGAGUUCUAUAGCUGUACCUCAGCAACCUAUCCCCGUAUUUCGACAGGCUACAGGGAUGCAUCUUCCCCAUUAUCCUCCGAAUUACAUUCCAUACGGUCACUACUUUUCACCACUUUAUGUUCCACCAGGAGCCAUCCAUCAAUUAUUAAGCAAUGGUGCAUUUUCCCAGCAGCCUCAGGCUGGCGGUAUAUAUCCACCUCCACCAUCAGCUGUUCCCAGAUACUCACUUUCGCAAUAUAGACCAGGAGCUAAUGUGGGAAAUCCAGCUCACAUGGGAGUGCCUGGCACUUAUGCGCCAUAUGGAUCCUCUCCUGUCAACUAUAACCCUAGUUCAGCUACAACGACUGGAAACCCUGCUUCCAAUGAGGAUCUUUCUGCAUCUCAGUUCCAGGAGAGUAAUGUCUAUUUGAGUGGACAACAGAGUGAAAGCUCAGGUGUGUGGAUUAAUGCGCACAAUAGAGAUUUAUCUAGCUUGCAAGCAAGUUCCUUUUAUAAUCUUCCUCAGGGUCAAGUGGCUCUAACACCCACUCAACCAGGUCAUGGAGCUUUUGCUGGUGUUUAUCACCCAGCUCAACCAGUUACAGCAGCAACUGUUCAUCCACUUCUGCAGCAGUCUCAAACAAUAGCUGGUCCAGUUGAUAUGGUUGGACCAACCGGCAAUGUCUAUCAACGGCCUCAGCAUGCACAGAUGAACUGGCCAAGUAGUUAUUGAGGAGCUAUUCUUUUGUUCGCAAAGCAUAAAACAAGAAAUGAAUAUUGUCAUUGGAGUUUUUAGAGUUGCAACAUGUUUUGGUGUGGAGGAAUGGUUCCAUCAAAUGUUGGAAAGAAGUGUGCAGGCUGACUGUAAAUUAAGAAGGGUGUGUCAAAGAAGAGAACUUCACCAAAGGUCUCUUUCUUUGCUUGGACUGAGGAUUUAAAUGGUGAAUCCUCCUGUAACUGAUAGUGGCAGAUUUUAGUUGAGGCAGGUAUAUGCCGAUUGGUUUUGUUUACAACUUUAUAGCCUUCUAUAGUUUUGAACAUUUUGGUAGAAUAACCAUCAGAGGUUAAACUUUUUUCUUCCCUAUAUAUUUCUUCCAUUUGAUAGGAUUUUAGGACUCUCGAAAGCAAUGAGGUUUCUCGGUUUUUUUUUCAUACAUCCUGCUUUCAUUCGUAUCUUUGUACCUGUAAAUUGAUUUUGAGGAACUGUUGUAAUUGGUG